UUUUGUCUGAAAAUAUUUAAUUAAUCAAUGUAGAUCACGCUGGGAAAAAUAACACAGUUGUUGACGGUAUAUGAGACUGUGUGAACGGCCAAGACAAGUGCCAUCACAAGGCGUCUAUUCUUUUAUAUGGGCAUAGUGUUUUUAAUUAAAGAAAAUAUAUAUGCACACCUUGUCUAGUUCAUCUUUUCAGUUGAAUAAUAUAUGUAAUAAUCUUGAUUGUAUUUUACUUAGAUAUAAGAAUGUUAGCAAAACAGACGUGAGAGCUUCUUGGAUUCAGCAUCCAAAGCGGGCUCCACCAAAACAGACCACUACAAUGGAAGAACUAUUUCCACCCCCACCAAAUAUAGCCAAUUACAGCUAUGCUAUGGAUUGUAUCUAAAGAGCCUCCAUCUCUAACACUGGAUGUUCCAACUGUAGAAGAUUUGCUGCUUGGGGAAGGCUACACAGGAGCUACGGACAAGAUAAAGUGGCUGAAGACGAAUCUUGCAAUCUCCAAAGAGAAAAUAGAGCAGGUUGCACAGAUGACCGCAGGACAGAGGAAUAACCACCUCUGGGCAUUGGUUAGAAUAAACCGUUUGACUGCAUCCAACUUUGGAAAAGUGCUAGCUGCCAUCAGACGAAACAGGUUCCCACCCUCAUUGUUUAAACAAAUUCUUGCCUCGUAUGACCUAUCUACAAAAGAUGCUAUUGUAUGGGGAGUUAGCAAUGAGUCAGUUGCCAAAGCAAAGUAUUGCUCUUAUGGAGAUGCAGUUGUUGAAGACACAGGAGUAUGGUUGCAUGAGAAUGGUGUUUUAGGCGCAAGUCCUGAUGGCCUCAUUCGGCGGGCAGCAACCCACAACUAUAACCACCUAGCAGCAGAGAUGACUGAUGUGCUAGAGGCAAUGCAAGUGAGGCCUGAAAUUUUGGAAGUGAAGUGCACCUUCACUGCUAGAAAUAUGACAAUCCCUGAAGCCAAUAACUUAAUCAAAGAGUUUUGUUUAGAGUACCAGGUUCAUGACGGCAGACAGGUGUACAAGCUUAAAGGAGACAAUAUCUACUACGACCAAGUACAGGGGCAGCUAUACAUCCUAAACAAAUCAGCCUGUGAUUUCGUUGUGUGGACAACUCGAGACAUUGCCAUUGUUAGGGUUCUCCAGGACGGCUUGUGGGGCCAGAACAUUGAGAAACUUACCAACUUCUAUUUUGCUCAUUUGAUCUCUGUUAUUCAAAGAUGACUGUCACAAUAUCUGAG